GCGCGUGCGCAGAGGGGCUCGCGUGCUCUCUCUGGCGCUCUGCCUGCCCUCUCUGUCCCAGGCUCAUUCCUUCCCGCCUUCCUUGGCGGUGGCUACGUGCGAGUCGAGCGGGCUCUGCUGCUGCAGCAAAAGCCAAGGGUGCAAAAGGUUCCAGUCAAUUACCUGAAGAAGUGUCUGGAAAUAUGGAUCAUGCCAGGAAAGCAAUAUUUAACAUGUUUGGAGGGGAGCCCCUCUCCUACACCCGCUUCAGUCUCGCUCGGCAGCCAGAUGGUGACAGUAGUCAUGUUGAAAUGAAACUGUCUGCUGAAGAAGAGGAGGGGGGAGAAAAUGGAUCAAUUGACCAUCUCCAUACCCAGACAGUAAAGCCAAGAAACAAUAAUAGACAUCUCUACUGUCUACUUCUUUGUGUGUCCCUGGUUUUUCUUAUAGGUUUCUUGAUUGGCUACCUGAGUUACCGUGGACGGAUACAAGCAGAACGAAACUCUGCACAGACUGUUGACCCAACAAUUGAUGAUGGAUACAUAGAAGACCCUACUGAGCCUGCACUAUACUGGGGUGACAUCAAACAGAAGCUGUCAGAGAAGCUGAAGAGUGUGACCUUCCAAACAAAUAUCAGGACAGUCUCUUCUAUGUCCCAUGAGGCUGGCAGUACAAGAGAUGAAGUUCUGGCCAGUGAGAUUCACAAGCAGUUUGAUAAUUAUAAGCUAGACAAAGUCUGGAAUGAUGAGCACUAUGUUAGACUUCAGGUCCCAGGAAGAUCUCCAAAUCUGGUUUCUCUGGAGGGACCAAGUGAACUUUUGGAGGCACCCAAGGCUUAUGUAGCGUACAGUGAAAGUGGUGAAGUGUCUGGAAAGCCAGUUUAUGCCAAUUAUGGCCGUGAUGGGGACUUCCGUGAACUGCUAAAGGGAUUCGUCAACAUAACUGGAACAGUGGUCUUAGUCCGAGCUGGAGAAAUUGCUUUUGCUGAUAAGGUGGCCAAUGCCAAAAAGUGGGGUGCUGUGGGAGUUUUGAUCUACCCAGACCCUGCUGACUUCAAUGGUCUUGGAGAGGGUGUUCCCUUGUUUGGACAUGCACAUCUUGGAACUGGUGACCCUUAUACCCCUGGGUUUCCUUCUUUUAACCAUACCCAGUUUCCUCCAGUUGAAUCUUCCGGACUCCUGCACAUUCCUGUCCAAACCAUCUCUAGCUCUGCUGCAAGAAGACUAUUUAGUGUUAUGACGGGGCCAGAGUGUCCAGCAACAUGGAAAGGCAGUCUGGGAGCUAUUUACAAGUUUGGAUUAAUCGAAAAUGGAAGAACUGUGAAGCUACAAAUCAGGAAUGAGCUUGUGGAGAAGAAAAUCUUGAACGUCUUUGGUGUGAUCAAAGGUUUGGAAGAACCAGAUCGGUAUAUAGUGAUUGGAGCCCAGCGUGAUUCCUGGGGCCCUGGAGUGGCAAAGUCUGGCGUAGGAACUGCCCUCUUGCUGGAACUGGCCCGUACUCUCUCUGAUAUGGUGAAAAUAGAUGGAUACAAACCCCGUCGAAGCAUUGUGUUUGCCAGCUGGAGUGCCGGUGACUUCGGAGCUGUUGGUGCCACAGAAUGGCUAGAGGGCUAUGCUGCCUCCCUCCAUUUGAAGGCCUUUGCUUAUAUCAACUUGGAUUCUGCUGUAACAGGAUCAGCGGACUUCAGGUUCUCUGCCAGCCCCAUGUUGAAAAAGCUGUUGGAUGAAGCACUCACAGGGAUCAAGGUGUCAUCAGUCAACCUUAGGGGCAACCUGGCCAGUAAAGAGAUCCCAUUUCGUGUGGAUGAUGCAGGCUUUCCUUUCCUAGCAUAUUCAGGAAUCCCAGCCAUUUCAUUCAGCUUCCAUAACGGCAGAAAAGUAUAUCCAUACCUUGGAACAAAGGAUGAUAAUCUGGACAACCUGCUUAGCUUCUUUGGCUCUUCUUCUGUUGAACUGGACAAUAGGAUGCGUGUUGCUGCUGAAGUAGCAGGACGCAUGGCUCUCAGGAUGACACAUGACCAUGAACUGUACCUGGACUACAGCAGCUAUGAUGACAGACUGCGUAGCUUUGGAGGAAAGCUCAUGAUGUACCGGAAAGAACUAGCGAGCAUUGGCUUAGGCCUACAGUGGCUAUUUGUGGCCCGUGGGGAUUUCACUCGAGCUACAACUGCCCUCACCAGAGAUGUCAAAAAUACUGACCUAACCAAUAAAGUGGCAUGCCGUGCUUUGAAUGACCGGAUCAUGAAAGUGGAAUACCACUUUCUCUCCCCCUACGUCUCUCCGAAGGACACUCCCCUCCGGCACAUCUUCUUUGGCUCUGGCUCCUACACUCUCCAAGCUCUGCUGGACCACCUCAGUCUCCAGAAGACUGACCCAGGUGCUUUCAACGAAACCCUCUUCAAGACCCAAAUGGCCUUGGCAACUUGGACAAUCCAGGGGGCUGCAAAUGCCCUUUCUGGGGACAUCUGGAACAUAGACAAUGAGUUCUAAAAUGUCAAGCACUUAAUUCUGAGGUACAGGAACCCCCUUUCCCCCACCCAGUAGCACAGGACAAACUCCCCUCAGCCCUUUAGAGGAUUUUCAGAAGUCCAGAUUAAACUUUAGAGCAAUCCUAAGUCACGAAUGUCCUGACAUGAACUAGAUGUAUGUAGGUGUCCCUUUAAAUGUCCUCUCCCAAGCCAACAGUCUACAGGAGGGCUGCUUGUUAAAGAGCAAAUUAUGGCCUCACACUACAAGGGGAGUAUGCAAGCAGCCAGCACUCAACCUCUGCUAGAGUGGAGGUAAAACACACACGAGUCACAGUAUCACUUGUGAAGGCAGAAGGUGAGCCUGAAUCGCCCAUUGUUAGAAUAUCCUUUUUCUGGGUAGGAAACUUUUUUCCAUGCCCUUUACUCCCUUUGGCUGCUGGGCUACAGCCUGUACCCAGUUCAAAGACGGAUCUUCUGCCUCCCCAAGAAAAAUGGGGAGUUCUGGGUGGACCUCUCCUGCUGUGACUAUUUCUGUCCUUACUCAGGAAGGCCAAGCCAAAGACCCUUGAGUGGUCCUGUGGUAUGACUUGAGAAACCUAAAAUAAUCACUGCACCUCCUUUCAGGUGUUGCCACGUUACAGUCAUACUUGUCCCCUUACUCUGAGGCCUUUGAGGGGGAUGCACAGUCUCUUUGCUAGUCUUUAAGUUAGAACAUUUGACUGGGAGGCUGAUCUGCCUGGGACUUGUUAUUGAGGUAUUUAUUAUUUAUUUAUCAGUGACAGUGUUCACUAUAAAUGGUACUUGUUUUCUACAGAAGAUAAUUAUCGGAAGCAGUGACUUCCAUAAUUAUGACAGUUAUACUGUCGUUUUUUUUAAUAAAAAGCAGCAUCUGCUAAUACAAUCCAACCAUGAUCACUGGAACCUUUGCCACCAAGCCUGCAAUGGCCUACAACAGCAUAGUCGUGGGGCUGAUUUUGGAUGAAGAGCCUUUUUCCCACCUCCUCGUGUGUGGUUGAAGUGUUAACUCCUUGGCUCUUUCCUCACUCAGAGAUGGCAGAGGAUAGGCUAUGAGAUGGGUUCUUCACCUGACGCUUCUGGAGAAAGCUUUCACUUUUAAGUUGGCUAUGGAUGAUGGGGUUCACUUGUUUCACUGCAUAUCUAGUGCGACUCCAAAUCAGAUAAAGCAAAAUAACAAUAGUAGACUUAGCCACUGUGAUUGCUCACCAAGCUCAUCUCUGAAUUCCAUUUAGACUGAUGUAAACCAUUGCAGGCUUACGUUGCGCUGUGCUUACAUCCAAACAGCGGCUACUGUGCAAACGUUCCAGCACUACAAUGUAUCAUGAGAACUUGGGUCACAUUAUCGGGGGCAGUGUCUCCCAUAAUGUUAAAGAACAAGGUAGUUUUUGCCUACCACAGUGUUGUAUCGGGGGCAGUGACCUCCAUAUGUUGCACUAAGGGUGUCUUAAUUAUCGGGGACAGUGUUUCCCAUAAUUUAUUUUCCUAAAUGCUCUCUACGCAAUGACAUCUGCAGAGCAUGAUCGUUAGUAUCUAACAUAUAUAUUUGAACUUCUGCAAUUGUCUCUAUCUGCACCUGGUCUCAUUUCAUGCUGACUGCGAUCACUUACUGAACGGCUCCUUAGCACACCACAACCAAUGCCAAGGGGGCAGUUGCAUGGGGCUGCAACCUCCCUAGACCUUGGGAGAAAAGUGCUAGGCUUCCACUUGAGCCCAAUGGCUCUUGACCCCUUUUUCUGUUCUGUAAAAUCUGCUUCUAUGGCUUCAAGAAAUGGCUGGAUGAAUGUAUGUAUAUAGGAUUUGCUUAUGACUAGAAAAUUGCUAGGGCAAAAUAUGGGUGUUGUUUAGGAAUGCUUCAGUGAGAACACGAAUAAACAACUCUGAUCAGUUGCCUGUAUUUUUUUUAAUGAUGUUAUGUAAUUGCUGCUGUAACCUACCUUCUGUCUGGUGUAGAAAUAUGAUCCAAACAAGAUUUAAGGUGUCGUUUCACAGAAAUGGCAUAAUCCGUAUUUUCCAAGGACUGAAAGAGAUGCUGGACAUGGAUACAAGACCACAACAUACCAGUUUUAAGUCUAUUGAAUGAAAAAGCUUCAUUUGGGUUUCCCAUACCACACUAUUCAGCGCUUUUUGAUAGAGAAGACCUUUGUAAACUGGCUAGGUUGAUAGAGAAAAAGCAAGCAGUGUAUUCAAGACUAAGCGCAGCACAGCCCUUUGUAAGCUCCCUUCUGCUAGUAACUCCAUAAAGCACCAUUACAUUUGAAACCUCUUGUGUGACUGAAGAUCUAGCUUAGCAACCCUCUUGUGCAUGGUUUCCUCCGCUAUAAUUGCAUGAUACACGCCUUUAGUGGCAAUUCUCUUGUGUGUUCUUCCCAUUGCACUGCAUGCAUCUUGAAUGGGGUGAUAAAAGCAUAGAUUGUACUGAAAUUUAGGCACAGAGUCUGACCUAUAGAAGGUGUGUGUCUCUAAAGCUCAUGUGUUUUGUGUUUUUGUAAAAUUGGGGAUUACAGUCCUGGUUGAAUUGCUGAUGUGGAAUAUUGAGAGGUGAAUAUCUCUAAUAAAGAAAAUCAAAUACUUA